UACAAGAGACCAGAGAACUAGAAAAGAUGGGAUUGAUAUCAAAGUUUAUGGCAUUAAUACCACUGUUGCUAUUGUUGGUGUCUAAUGCUACCGUUGAUGCUACUAGCGGUGUUUUUGAUAUUACGACAUUUGGUGCCAAACCUAAUGCUGAUGUUACUCAAGCUUUAGCAGAUGCAUGGAAGGAAGCAUGUGCGUCGGCUACUCCAAGUAAAGUAUUGGUUCCAAAAGGAACUUAUCAAUUAGGAGAAUCCAGGCUCAAAGGUCCAUGUAAAAGUCCUAUCGAGCUUCUAGUUGAAGGAACAUUACAAGCUUCUCCUACCGACACGGAAGGAGAUGGGUUGCUUGUUAUGGAAUACGUCGAUCAUUUGACAUUGUCUGGUACUGGAGUUUUCGAUGGCCAAGGAAAAGCUGGUUGGGAAAAGAAUGAUUGCCACCUGAAGAAAGAAUGCAAAAAGCUUCCCAUGAAUUUGAAGUUCAAUUUCAUCACAAAUUCGAUAGUGAAGGACAUAACUUCAUUGGAUAGCAAGAAUUUUCAUAUCAAUGUUUUGGCCGGCAAGAAUCUUACCUUCGAUCACUUGAAAAUUACUGCACCAGAGCAUAGUCCCAACACCGAUGGAAUUCACUUGGGUGAUUCAGAAGACGUUUACAUUCUCAACACCGUAAUCGCAACGGGAGAUGAUUGUAUAUCGGUGGGAUACACUAACAGAAAAAUAACCAUUAGUGAUGUUACUUGCGGACCGGGACAUGGCAUUAGCAUAGGCAGCUUGGGCAAGUAUAAAACUGAAAAAGAAGUGGUAGGAGUUACAGUGAAGAAAUGCAAAUUAAUCGGUACUACAAAUGGUGUCAGGAUCAAAUCAUGGCCAGAUUCUGCCGUCUCAUACCCAGCCUCUGACAUGCAUUUUGAAGAUAUUGAAAUGGAUAAUGUUGCUAACCCCAUCAUCAUAGAUCAAGAAUAUUGUCCAUGGAAUCAAUGCAAUCGAAAGGUUCCAUCAACAAUUAAGAUUAGCAAAGUUAGUUUCAAGAACAUUAGGGGCACAUCUUCUACUCCAGUUGCAGUCAAACUUGUUUGCAGUAAAAGUCAUCCAUGCGAGGAUGUGGAAAUUGCUGAUAUUGACCUCACUUAUAGUGGUAAAGAAGGGCCAAUUGUGUCCGAGUGUGCAAAUGUGAAACCGACCAUUUCUGGAAAGCAAAACCCUCCCAUCUGUGCUAAACCAGCGCCACCUGAGACCACUCCGUCAACUGAUUGAAUAAUCUUUUAACGCCGACAAAUCUUUCAAAUCAUUCUUACUAUCAUUUUUAUUUUAGCUUUCAAAAUUCGGUUUACAACAUGCCAUGAUGUUGGACAUGUUUUCAAUAAUUGUA